AUCCUCGGGAACGAUCUCAGCGCCAUUCAGCCAGCUUGGGUACUGCCGAAUGUCAGAUUCGAGAUCGAUGACGUUGAAAGCGAGUGGCUUGGAAAUAAGUAUGACUUCAUUUUCAGCCGUUACAUGUGCGGGUCCAUCGCGGACUGGCCAAAGUACGUGAAGCGCGUCUAUGACAACUUGAACCCUGGCGGUUGGGCCGAGUUCCAAGACUGGAGUUUUAUGAUCUAUUCCGACGAUGGUACAAUCGAGGGCACCGAGCUCCUGCGGUGGGUCGACCUCUUCAUGGACGCCUGCAAAAUCUUUGGCCGAGAUGGGCAAAUCGGACCCAAGCUGGAAGGUAUUGUGCGUGAGAAUACCGGUUUUGUCAAUAUUCACCACCAACCAUUUAAGAUCCCUGCUGGCCCAUGGGCCAAGGACCCUCAUCUCAAAGACAUUGGGAUGCUGGAGUUGAUCCAGCUAUUGGACGGCCUUGAAGGCUUCUCUCUGCGCCUUCUUUGCGGAGCUCUUGGAUGGACGAAGGAGGAGGUCCUUGUCUUGCUGGCUGGUGUUCGGAAGGAUUUAAAAGAUCCCAAGAUUCAUGCCUGGCUGUACUAUAACGUGGUCUACGGCCAGAAGCCAGAGUAG